AUGAUGGAACCUACUAUUUGUUCCAAGGAUGAGCGGCGUUCUCAAUUCAAGGGGUUUGAUAGCCUCGAGAAGAAGAGAAGCGAUCUAAUCCAGGCAUGUUAUCACGACCACAUUCUCGCGUGGAAAUCUGAGCUAAACAAGCUUUGUCGCGAAGCUGAAAGCGACCACGGGAAAGCUCUGGCUGUGUUACAAGCAGACCUGGAAGCAGAGAAAAAGGCACGUCGUGGCUUCCAGGAGAUUGUGGCAGAAUUAAGAGUCGCCAAAGAGGCAAUGGAGAAAUCAAGAUAUGUGUUAGUCUUGAUAGACGCUGAUGCAGACUUUUAUCUGUUUGACAAGAAAUUCUUGAGCCGUCGAAUUAGUGGCGGUCUUGAAGCCGCUGACGCUUUUGAGAAGAUAACGCGGGAGUAUUUGAAGACUCUCGGUGCGUCUAUCAGCGACCCAGAGAAAGUGCACAUUAAGGUCAAGGCUUAUGCAAAUUUGGAAGGACAGUCGAGAUUCUGCCUGACAAGCAGGUUAGUUAAUAGUUUGGACGAUGUCAGCCAGUUUUGGAUCGGGUUUACGCGAAGGUUUCCGACUUUCGAGUUUAUGGAUAUCGGUUCUGGUAGAGAAGAAGUUGACCACCGUCUUCGCAAAGUUUUAUCGCUCAACAUUGAUAACAUCCAAUGUAAGCACGUUAUUUUGGCUUGUGGCCAUGAUAGUGGAUAUGCGGGAGCACUCAGAGAGUAUUCAAAUACGACGAAUGGCGCUCGAAUCAGUCUGUUAGAAACCGAAAAGAUGCGACAUGAAAUCACUACUCUGGGAUUUAAAUCGACGACGAUGUUCAGAUCUCUGUUCCAGAAUGACUACAUAUCAGCACCAGCUCUGCCUCGACCAGAGUUGUAUUCGAAGAAACUCGCUGGCCCAGUUUUGCAGCAAACCGGGUCAGGUGUAGGAGGGCUUGCACCAGUUACCGAAGAGAGGUUGGUCGCCAACGUCGCCAGACUAGGACCUGUUUUAUUCGACUCGACUGGCAAACGAGUGGAUCGUCCGUUGAGCGUUGAUGAGAACCUGUUGAAGGCAAUGAGAAAACACGAUUUUUGCCAUUGGCACUACCUACGUGCUGAUUGUGUCAAACCCUGCGUUCGUAGGCACGACUACCGGAGACCGGUCAGCGACAAAGAAUUCGAUGCCAUUUGGUAUCUGUCGCGGUUCGGAAAGUGCAAUAAGAUGAGGAGAAUGGGCGGCAACUGCACAGAUGACAAAUGCAUCUUUGGUCACUAG